GCUGGUUUUCCCUCGCUUUCCCGACAUAAAAUCAGGGUUUUGCUUUGCCUCCAGAGCUAGGGUUUUGCUUUCUCACGAUGGUGGCGGACGCGGAGAAGAAGGCCAAGCUCACUGAGCGAGCUCCGGAGGACGACGCCUAUCACUUGGACAAGGAGUUCGUGCUUUCCGUUGAGAAGUUGCAGGAGGUUCAGGACGAACUCGACAAGGUUGAUGACGAAGAGAGUGACAAGAUUUUGGAAAUUGAGCAAGAGUGUAACGAGAUACGCAGGCCCGUCUAUGUGAAACGGAAUGAGAUAAUAAAAACCAUUCCUGACUUUUGGCUAACUUCUCUCAUGAGCCAUCCUGUGCUUUGUGAUAUUUUGAGUGAAGAAGACCAGAAGAUAUUCAAGUAUUUAAAUUCUAUUGAUGUGGUGGACUUCAAAGAUGAUAAGAUGUUAGGAUACUCCGUCACAUUCAACUUUAAUGGCAAUCCUUAUUUUCAAGAUACAAAGCUGACUAAAACUUUUACAUUCAUUGAUGGUGAGACAACAAAAAUUACUGGUACUCCCAUCAAAUGGAAGGAGGGCACGGGUCUUGCAAAUGGAGUUACCGACGAGAAAAAUGGAAGGAAACGACCACAUGUUGAUGAGAGCUUCUUCAGUUUGUUUGACUCAGCUAUUGAACAUGACGAGAUGGUUGAGAUAAUUAAGAACGAUUUAUGGCCCAAUCCUCUAAAGUAUUUUAAUAAUGAGGCUGAUGAAGAGGAGGUCGAUGAAGAGGAUUCUGAAGACGAUGAAAUGGAGAAUGGUGACGAAGAGGAAGACGAUGACGAGGAAGAUAGCUAGAUUCUUCUGGGGCCGUCUUCAUUUUUGUAGCUCCUUCAUGAAUAGCGGCGAUAGAAACAUCACCGGUUUUUUGUCUUGGUCAAUCAGCGAUAUGAAGGGUUCUAGUAGGAUAUACGGGAAAAGAAGAAGCCUUGUUGCAUAUAAAUUAGUCUCGGUUUAUCGUUUAGGCCUUUUGGGUUUUUGUUUUUGUGUGGUCUACCGGCUAUCAAAACCAAGCACAGUAGCAUUUUAGAAUUCAUACAGGUAACGUCAUUUAGUGGGAUAAGAUUUAAUUGUUGUUGUAGUGUACCCGCUAUAUAUAGUUCAAUAUUAUAGCUAAUGAAUUGUAUUCUGGUUUAUUUACCUCCAAAUAUUGCCUGAUUUUUUCCUA